AUGAUUAGAACAAUUAAGCCAAAGAAUGCUCGUUCUAAAAGAGCUCUUGCUAAGAAAGAAGCUAAAUUAGUUGAAAAUACUAAAUCAGCUUUAUUUGUACCAGGAUCAAGUGGUAGUAAAGUCUUACAUGAUUCUAUGGUUGAUUUAAUGGCUAUUAAGAAACCAUUUGCUAAGAAAUUUUCCAAGAAGAAUGAUAUUAGACCAUUUGAAGAUUAUUCUGAAUUAGAAUUCUUUUCAGAAAAGAAUGAUAGUUCUAUUAUUGUAUUUUCAAGUCAUAAUAAGAAAAGACCAAAUAAUUUAAUCAUCCUGAGAUUCUUUAACUAUAAGGUUUAUGAUAUGAUUGAAUUAACCAUAUUAAAUUAUAAAUUAUUACAAGAUUUCAAAAAAGUUACUUUCACUAUUGGUUUAAAACCAAUGUUUGUAUUUAAUGGUCCAUUAUUUGAUUCUCAUCCUGUUUAUAUGCAUUUAAAAUCUUUAUUCAUGGAUUUAUACCGUGGAGAAGAAACCGAUUUACAAGAUGCUGCUGGUUUACAAUACAUAAUCGCCUUAUCAGCUGGUGAAUUAAGUGAAUCAAACAUAAAUAAUGACAUUAAUGACAAUAAUAAUAAAAAUUUACCAAAUUUACAUUUCAGAGUUUAUAAAUUAAAAACUUUUAGAUCAGGUCAAAAAUUACCAAGAGUUGAAAUAGAUGAAAUUGGUCCAAGAUUUGAUUUUAAAAUUGGUAGAAGAAUAACUCCAAGUGAAGAAGUUGAAAAACAAGCUAUGGAAAGACCAAAACAAUUACAAGCUAAAACAAAGAAGAAUGUCUCUACUGAUUUCAUGGGUGAUAAAGUGGCUCAAAUCCAUAUGGGUAAACAAGAUUUAGGUAAAUUACAAACCAGAAAGAUGAAGGGUUUGAAAGCUAGAUAUGAUCAAGAUAGUGAUUUCGAUGAAGAAAAUGAUCAAGAUUUCGGUGAAGGAUAUGAAGAUGCUAUGGAAAGUGACAUAGAAUAUGAUGCUCCUCAAUCAAAGAAACAAAAAGUUUAA